AUGGACUAUGCCCACGCUCACGCUCCCUCAGGAUCAACUCUACUCCCGCGGCCAGUCGCGUCAUUGAUAUCUUUGAUUACCCAGUCAACCUCACUAUCCUUACGACUAGGUACAUUCUUUGGCGGGGCAGCUCUGGAUGGCGCGCGAGCCACAACUCUGACUAGCUUGGAACUAAGCCGGGCUUUAGUCGAAGGAAUCUUGACGAGGGCAGGACGAGAUGUCGCCAUUCGUAGUGGCGAUGAACACGGUAGAACAGAAGCCGAGUCUCUCCUCGAGCGAAGUUUGGCAACGCUCCACACGACAGUGACCUCGGCAUCUUUUUUUGCCGCAGCAACUUUUCAUUUCUCGUCAACUACUCUGUCAUCUGUUGCAAAUAUAUCGCAGGCGCUUCUGUCUACUUUGGAUGCCAUUCUUGGGUCUACCGAGUCUUCGAGAGCUAUUGCGGCCAUUAUCACGCUUAUUCGGCGUGAAUUUAGAUCCGUUGAACCCGGUGCAAGUACCGAGAAUAUCGGCGUUGGGGAUCUCCUCAUCGGCUCUCUAGGCUUCGCGCUAUUGCAGCGUUGGGGUAAGAAGAAUACCGAAAGACAUCUGCGGCAGAAUGGCGGGGAUGAGAUUGUUUGGGAUGUUGUCAUCCUGGACAACGGCGCAAGAGCAGAUGUGAUCGGGUUCCAUCAACUGCAAUUUCCCGAUCGCAAUAAUGAGGAGUUCGUGGAACCUGGCAGUGCUUCCUUUGUGAUGCCUGGAAAUGGUGAGGAAGCCUUGGAUGUAGUUCGGCGGUCGAGCUUGUCUGAUUCAUUUGGGCAUCGCCUCUCUAUUCCACUAGAUGGUCAGCAGCAAGUGUCUGAUGAGGAUAUCCGCGCUUAUAUUAUGAGCCAACUUCCACCGGGCUGUCACGCAUCUAUUAGAUCGGAAGUCCUGACCGCGCGGACGAUCACGGUCGAUAUAUACGAUGAUGAUACAGCAGAGAUCGCUGCGCCGCCUGGUACGAAGAUGAUAGAGGAGAGAUUCCAUCAUGACCAUGAUCAUGGGGAUAUCAAUACGGCUGAUGACCAGCGACGAUCUCCCAGGCAUACAGUGGUGUUUAGGACAGCCUUCAACAAAUCCCAGGAUACCCAGCUGCGACACUAUGAUGGCUCUGGAAUUUCUGUCCUACCUGAGCCUAAUCAUCAUAAACGAGCAUUGCCGAGCAACUCAUUGUCCAGUAGUCCGGUGAAGUCUCAACAUGAUCAUUCUCAUUUGCAUCCCGAUGCCACUCAGAGCGUUGCUCCCAAGCACCGUGAAAUGAUUCCGGACUCGCCGACUGAAUCUUCCCGGCCUACGCUGAGCAAAGGCCCAUUCGCAAAAUUUGCACAAAAGGUUAAGCCAGCUGUUCUGGAAAGAAAUGAGGUCAAGCGGUCACCAGGAAAGAGGUCAUCUAUAAACUCAUCUGGGCCCUCGGUGGUUACAAGUCCGCGUCUGCCUCCCAGGCCUACAAAAGGAACAGCGGCUGUGAAGCAAGCAACUGCGCAAGAGGCUUCCAGCAGACCCACUCUCAAGAAGAGCCAAACCGAACCUCUAAGCUAUCGACCGACAACCCCUGUCCCAAAUCGGGGGUUAAGAAGGUCGCCCUUCCCUAACUCCACUCAAAGACAAUCGCCAGAGUCGCAAGGGAAACACACUUCAUCUCACGAUAUGCAUGCUUCAAGGGGCUCACGAGGGGGCCAUUUCGCGAUGCGAGAGAAGAGUCAAGAGUCGCUCCUCACUCAAACCGACACAUUCUUAUCACGUCGUGGUGUUGGUACGCGUCCUGGAUCACCUGCCGCGGUCCAGACUCACGUUCGCAGCAGCAGCUCCUUGUCUGUGACACGAUCAGAGGCAGACGGGAAUGUGUAUGCAAAUGAUAGCCGUCCUGGCUCGUCAGCUAUGCAUCACAGAUCCCGAUCAUACACCCCCAGCCUGUAUUCACUAGCAACUGCUGGGUCUGAGACCUCGCUACUGCUUGCGCAUCGGCCUCGCAAAAGUGCGUAUGAAGAUAUGGAAACCAUCCAGGCGCUCAACCGCGAUGGCUUUGUUCCAGGCAUCUUUCCAGAGAGACACUUCGUACAAAACAUUCGCCGGUUCUGCCGGUUCUCCGCUGCCUCAUAUGGCUCGAAUGCGCUCAAAGUCAUGGGCGUUCAUAAUGGCUCGAAGAAUCUACCUAAUACCAAGUCAGACGGCCACGAGCACAGUGCGUUCUCAGAGAACGCAGGUCUCCCGCCCUCUACGAUCCUCCUAUCGUCAUUCGUUGAUCCAGCUGGUGGCUCCAACUCAGCUGGCGAAACAGAGACAGGCUUCCCACUGAUCCACUAUCUUUCCAUCGAUCACGACUCCAAAGCUGUGGUCCUGACUCUACGAGGAACAUGGGGCUUCGAGGACAUCCUCACAGACAUGACCUGCGAUUACGACGACCUUGAAUGGCAGGGCAAAAGCUGGAAGGUGCACAAAGGCAUGCACGCCUCAGCCAAGCGGCUUCUAGAGGGCGGCGGCGGCCGAGUAAUGAUCACCCUACGCGCAGCACUAGAAGAAUUCCAAGACUACGGCAUAGUUCUAUGCGGACACUCGCUUGGCGGAGGCGUCGCAGCCCUUCUCGCAACGAUGAUUUCAGAACCAAACCCAUCCACAACAGGCACAUCCUUCAUAACAAGCUCAUACCAACCCGCCACUCGUCCCCGCUUCUUAACCGCAGAUGCCAACCCCAGCACUCCAGACCCAAGCCCACCAACCUACACCCUCCCCGCGAACCGACCAAUCCAUGUCUACGCCUACGGGCCCCCGGCCACGAUGUCCCCCUUCCUCCGCCUCGCCACACGGGGCCUAAUAACAACAAUCGUGAACGGCUCAGACAUAGUCCCCAGCCUGUCACUAGGCAUCCUACACGACAUGCACACAGCGUCGCUAUCCUUCAAAGACGACGCCACAGGCGCGAAAGCACACAUCCGACAACGGGUCCGCGAUUCCCUCCGCCAAAGCAUUAUCCACAAAUUCUACGUCAACCAGCCACCGCUAGUCGUCAAUGCGGGCGACGGCGUCGGCGAAGAUGCCUGGGCGUGGAAGACGUUGAAACUGCUGCGGGAUGAGAUGCGUGCGCCGAAGCUUAUGCCGCCCGGUGAGGUGUUUGUCGUUGAGACGAUGCGGGUUCUGCAGCGGGAUGCGUUUACAGCGCCGGAGCUUGGGAUCGAUGGGUUUCCGCGUCUUGGAAGGCCUGCGACUCGUGUGCAGAUUCGGUUUAUUCGGGAUGUGGAUGCUUGGUUUGGUGAGUUGCGGUUUGCGGGGGGAUGUUGA